AUGUGUUUGUGUAGUCCCUCAUCCAUUGUAGGAAUACAAGUGUCCUCGAAUUCGUCUCUCAUCCUACGCAAGCUCGGCGUCGAUAAAUAUAUCUUGCCAUUCACCACCGAGCCCGUCGACCUUAAAAUGAUGAGGUGGCAAGAUGGCAAAGUUCUCGUACAAUGUCCUCUUAAGAAACCCGCUCUGGAGGAGUACGGCUCGCCGUAUUGGCAUAUUCACCGCGCAGAUCUCCACCGAGGACUCCUUGAAUGCGCCACUGAUCUUGGAAUCACACUGCACCUCGACAGCAAAGUUCUUGAUGUGGAUCUGGACUACGGAAGCUUGGUAACAUCCAAGGGAGAAAAACUCACUGCGGAUUUCAUUGUUGCAUCGGACGGCCUGCACUCGACGUGCAGAUCCAUCGUUGUAGGCAAGCCGAUGCCACCUGUUCCUACGGGACAAAUGGUGUUCCGCGUGACUGUGCCUGCUUCAGAAUUGAAGGAUGUCCAAGGCCUUGGAGACCUGGCGACUACUCCGCGAAACAAUCACUGGAUCGGUCCUCGAGCCACAAUUCUGUCUUAUCUUCUCGAAGGCAUCAACGAUACUCUGGUCAAUUUCGUCUUCACGUGUGAUGUCGACUUGGGAAGCCUCGAGGAUGGAGUGAAUCAGAAAAAGGGCACGAGCGAGGACGUACGAAAGGCUUUCAAGAAUUGGGAUCCCAGAAUUGAUAAGAUUCUGGAACAUGUCACGGAGGUCCUUGAGUGGAGAUUGUAUACGCACCAAGAGGCACCGUCCUGGAUUCAUCCUUCGAACAAGAUGUGUCUCAUUGGGGAUGCGGCCCACGCCAUGACGCCUUAUCUUGCCCAAGGAGCUGCCGUGGGAUUCGAAGAUGCUGCGGUGCUCGGGGGCGUUCUAGAAAAGUGCUCGUUCACUAAGGACCUGCCCGCCGCGCUGCAGUUGUACCAAAGGCUUCGCUUGAAGCGCUCAGCUCGUGUUGCCACGGCCUCGAUAGAGUCUAGGUGGUUCACUCAGAUGGAAGACGGACCUGAGCAGGAGAAACGUGACGAAUGGCUAUUGGCGCAUCCAGGAAUCUGGCCGAAUCACAUCAACAUCCGGUCCCGGAAAGAAUUUCUCGACGAGUUGUUUGGCUACGAUGCGUACAGGGAGCUGGAAGCGGCCUUUCAAGAAGGUGGCUUCGAAGAUUUGCCCGAGAAACUUGACAAUCAUGAUAGCUUGUCGACUGAACAACCCGGUUCGGCUACUACGGCUUCCGCAUGA